ACGUGGCUAAUAACAGUCAUAAUCUAUGCGUUCGCUGUGAAUGUUGAGUGCGUUCAGUGUGGAAAAAUGGUGGAUUUGUGAAAGAAUGUUUGGAAGCUGUAGCAAAGGAUAUUUCACCCGAUGAGAAUAAACUAUUUUCAAAUAAAAGUUUAUCCCGACAAACAGUAUGUCGUCGAAUUAAUGACAUUUCAAACGAAAUUAUUGUAAAACUACGCGAUCGAAUUCAAGAUUUCAAAUAUUUUUCUAUUGCAUUUGACGAAAGUACAGAUAUAUCAGAUACAGCUCAACUUGUAAUAUUCGUUCGUGGAGUAAAUGAAUCAUUUUAAAUAACUGAAGAAAUGUUAAAAUUGAUAAGUUUGAAAGGAACUACAAAAGGUGAAGAUAUUUUUCACGCUGUUGAAAACAGUUUAUGCGAAAACAAUUUGGAUUUGGAAAUUAUUUCUGGAAUAUCAACUGAUGGUGCACCUGCUAUGGUUGGUAAAGAAAAAGGAGCUAUAAAAUUACUGAUCGAUAAAAUAGAAUCUACCAGAAAAACUAAUAAUUUUUGGAAAAGAGAUGAUUUAUUUAUAAUCCAUUGUUUGAUUCACAACAAAAUCUAUGUUCUCGAGCAUUAUCGAUGAACCAUGUUAUGCAAGUAGUCAUAAAAACAGUGAAUUACAUUCGAUCACAUGCGCGUCCCCACCGACAAUUUAAGGAGUUCCUGAAAGAAUUGGAUUCAGAAUAUGGUGACGUAGAAUAUUUCAGUCAUGUCAAAUGGUUAAGCGGUGGAAAAUGUUUAAAGCGAUUUUAUGAGUUACUUCAUGAAAUUGACUUGUUUAUGAAUGAUAAACAAAAACCAGUAUUAGAAUUAAGUAAUGACGAAUGGUUAUUAGAUUUAUGCUUUUUAGUGGAUAUUGUCGAAAAACUGAACCAAUUAAAUAUAUCAUUACAGGGAAAAGAUAAUUUAAUAAUUGACUCGUGUAAUUACAUCAAUGCAUUUCAGAAGAAAUUAUUGUUAUAUGAAUUUCAAUUCAAAAAUAAUAACGUUCAACACUUUCCAUUGCUAAACGAAUUGAAAAUUUCAAAACAUAUCGAUAGCAUUAAAUAUGCACAAGAAAUAAGGAAACUUAUAGCUGCUUUUGAAAGUCGUUUCACUAAUUUAGACAAAUACAAGACAAUAUUUGAAAUAUAUUCAUCUCCUUUUCAUACUGAUGUCAAUUCGGCCCCAGAAUAUCUUCAAAUGGAACUCAUUGACUUACAAUGCUGCAAUAAUGAAUUAAAACACAUUUUUGAAGCAUCAAAAUCAAAAAUAGAUUUUUAUAAUAUUAAUAUCACAAAAAAUUUUUUUCCCAAUUUGAGAAAUCUGGCACAAAAAGUUGUGAGUGCCUUUGGAUCGACUUACACUUGUGAAUCGUUUUUUUCGAAAAUGAAAUUCGCCAAAGAUAAAUCACGCUCAAACUUAACAGAUGAAAACCUGCAAUAUCAAUUAUGGUGUGCAAAUACAAGCAUUUCUAUUGAUUUAAAAAAGCUUAGUGAACGAGUUGAGAAGCAAAUAUCUCACUAAAUAGUAAUGUUUACUCCAUUUUUUUUGUAUUAAAUACUUUUAUUAUUUUAUAUGUGGCCUAAUUUUGAAUAAAAAAAUAUGUGAUUAUAUUAAUA